AUGACAAAGAUGAAAUGUCAAACUGCGAGAUACGGAAUUUUCGAAGAUCUUAUAACAGAUAAUGGUCCACAAUUCAGAAGUAAAGAAUUUCGUGCAUUCUCGUUACAGUAUGCAUUUAAACAUACAACAAGUUCACCUGGAUAUCCAAAAAGUAACGGCAUGUCAGAACGUGCUGUGCAGACAGCAAAAGCAAUCAUAAAGAAAGCAAAAUAUGAUAACACCAAUCCUUAUUUAGGACUCCUUAAUUAUAGAAAUACACCUAGAGAUGAAAUUGUUAGCAGUCCAGCUAAACGACUAAUGGGACGAAGAACUAGGACAUUAUUACCAAUAUCAGAGAAGUUACUUGAAUUUCAACCAUUAAACCCUGUUAAUGUUCAAGAAAAAUUGGAAAUGUAUCACAAGAAACAAAAAGAGUUUUAUGAUCGCAAUGCAAAAACACUUCCACCAUUAAAAGAAGGAGAUAAGGUACGUAUAAAAACAGAAAAAGGCUUCCAAAAGAAAGGAAUCGUGGAAAAAUCGUUACUUGAGCCAAGAUCUUAUUUGGUUAGGUCUGAUGGUACCUACUAUAGAAGGAAUAGAAAUCAUUUAUUAAAGAUUAAUGAAGAAUCGAGAAGUCAAGAUACAGAUAAGUCUUAUAGUGAGAACAAUAAAUCUUAUAAAAAUUGUAAUGAAAGUACUAACAACAGUAAUAUAAGAACUCGGUAUGGACGUCUAAUCAAAAAACCGAAUAGAUAUUCUUAUUAG